AUGGCCCCAUCCGCCGAGCAAGCCGCGACGCUCGCUCGUAAGACCGAGCAGGACUUGAACGCCAAGCUCGCCCAGCGAAACACCCGUCAUGGAGAGAUAAUUUCUCUUCUCACCGACUUCCGCGUCGCGUGCGAAAACACCAUAUUCGCCGACUUCAAAUAUGCUUCCGAGCAGAAAAUCGAGACCCUGCUGUGGGCCGCCCACAGCAAGGUCAAUGUCAAUUUCCGAAAGCAGCUGAGCUCGCUGAACAAGGAAGGCAAGAACAAGGCCGUUGAAACACGUCUCGUCACGAAGCAAUACCUUGAGUUUAUCAAAGCCAGCCAGCGUUUCUACCGUCAAUACAUUCUCCGCUUGGAUCGCACCUUUGGAGGAAUCCCCGAACUACGCGACAUUGCCAGAACAUGGAAGAGCGACAUCUCCCGCGAGAGCCCCGUUCGGAAUGUUUCGGCAGAAAUCAAGCAUCAAGUCAAAAUGUCGCUUUACCAGACCAUCAUCUAUCUCGGCGACCUCUCACGCUACCGCGAGCUUCAGAGACAAGAAAAGGACCGCAACUGGAGUUAUGCUGUUGGAUACUACGGUCUUGCAACCUCGAUAUACCCCGAAUCUGGCAUAUCGCACAACCAGCAAGCAGUCAUUGCGCUUGCGGACGGCAGUCAUUUCCGCGCAACAUACCACCUUUAUCGUUCCCUUGCCACGAAAGAACCACAUCCAGCUGCAAAGAACAAUCUGGAACUGGAGUUCAAGAAAGUCAUUCAGGCUUGGGAUAAAGGAGAGCUUAUCAAUAGACAGGCUAACCGCGAAGGGACCGGUGCCAACCGCGCUCUGAUUUCUUGGUUCGUGCGUUUGCACAGCAAGUGUUACAAGGGAGAAGAGUUCGCCGGCCACGAUGAACUGGAGAGCGAGGUCCUGAGCCAACUGGCAGUUGAGUUGAAGGAAAGAUCUUUGGACGGACUCUUGCAGAAAUUUGUUUUGGUCAAUGUUGCGGCCGAGUAUUUUGCAUCGGAGCAACUUCAAAGUGGCCACACGGAACCACACAACCUGCGCUCUUACUUUUUCUUCCUUCGUCUGAACGUCAAGACCUUCUUUUCCCUGCUUCAGACCCUUCAACCUGAGCUCGAGCUGUUGACCGGAGAAGAUGUCAACGGUGACGAGGACGACCAAUCCCAGCAACUGUCCGACAAAGUUACAGCAGUCGCACGUCGAAUCCUGCCUGGACUUCGCCUAUACAGCGCCUGGUUUAUGAACACCUGGCAAAUCCUCUCCGCCGACAUCGAAGGGUUUGAAGGAUCCGUCUCUAAGGUGGAGGUUCAAGAGAUGUGGAAGGCCUAUGCUGAGACGUUGACCUUGCUCGUCUCGGCCUUCGAACCUGGCCGGCUUCCUAUGGAGCAAUACAUGCUAGAGGAGGAUGUUGACACAAUUGGCUUCCAACCAUUGGUAACGGAAAGAACGAGGAAAAUAUGGUACCUCGGUGAGGGGCUGAAGCCGAAGUGUUCCGACGAAGGCUUGGAACGGAACCACCCCAAUGUGGAGAUGCUGAUGCGCAUCCGCGAUUUUCUUGUCGAUGGACUUCAGUUGACCCAGGACCAGACUGCGCCUUUGGCUCUCGUGGGAACUCGCUUUGUCUACCAAGAAGCUGGCAUCCCGUCUCAGCUCAUGCCCAGCACAGAGCAGAAGGCCGAACCCGUUGCUCCUGUGGAAAUCCCGAUCGAAAUCCCGCGUGGAGAGCCCAAUGGCCCGGUCACAGAUGACCAAAUUUCUCACGGUGUUGCUCCGUCGGAGACUGCUUCUGUUGCCAUUUCCAAGGAUGUUGCGAUGAAUCGUAUGGUGGAUGAACUUCUCGGCCCUGACGACGGAUUGGAUCCUCUUCCUGAGGAGGACGAAAACAUACCUCCAACGCCACCGGAGCAGACGUUCGAGGACACGGCCUUGAUCGACGACCACUCUUAUGGCAUCACUCCUGUGACUGUCGGGGAAUUUGUCAACAUGGUCCGGAAUUACAGCCAAGCUUCCUGCACUCCCGACGUGCACCACCGUAAUUCUACUGCGUCCCCUGCCAUGCGAAAUCUGCCUUCGCUUCCGUCUCUACCGAAUACAUCUGACAUCUGGAGCAAAACUUACGAGUCGCAUAUGCAAACAGCCCCUGCCGCACCCCCAGGCCUCAAUGUGACCAGCGCAGCUCUGGGUCGCCGCAGCAUCAGCCAUUCUCGUCACGCGUCCCUCAGCAACUCGAUGAAUACUUUUUCGUGGGGCGGUCAGGGUCCAGUCCAACAAAGCCGCUCCGGUUCAAUGGCCGAUCCGUUCACUGCGCCUUAUGACAGUCCUCUAUCGAGUAAUUUCCAGUUUCAUGGCAACUAUGUUCCUGGAUCCAGCAGUGGUUACACGGGCCAGGUCCAAGGAGCUCCCCAUGAGCUGAACUUGAGUCCAUACCCCCACGACCAGACUGCCAGUCCUUCGGCUUUCGGCAACGAUCCCUGGGGUAGCGGCAGUGGUGUAUGGGGAACGGAUCUGAGCCGCAGCCGCGGAUCAUUCACACACACCCCACCGAAUGGACUGGGCGGCUGA